UUCUUUCGUGCUGGCGCACUGAGUGUUUUGACGAUAAAGUACCGAAUAAGACCAGUAUGUCCACUUCCACGUGCGUAAACGACCAACAUAACGAAGAAGAAUCGUUGUUGGAGCCCGAAGGGUUUCCCGACGCUCAUUCACAGCAUGCAUCCGUCGCUCCGUCUGACCAUGCAGAAUAUCUAGAUAAUCUCAAACAUCACCUUGGGAUAGAUACCAUGCGAGAAGCAAUAGAGAAUUUGACCUCUACUCUUGAUAGGAGUACGAGUAAAAGACGCUCGCGGCACGAGGCUGGUUCAGCUCGUAAAAGAAGCCGUGAAGGUGAGGGUUUCGAUCCCACCGAAGCUUUAGAGUCGCUUCAUUCAUCUUCAAGUAGCGAGCAAGGCGUCAGUGACGCGGUCGAGGAGGAUGAUUUGCCUCCUUCAAUAUUCGACGAAAAUGAGUCGAAGGGUCCAGAGGUGUCUGAGGCUUUGGCUAAGAGAGUCAACGAAGCUUUUACCGUUAAGCCUUUGGAGGGUAAGAUGAAAUUGUUGAUGGACAAGUACAAAACACCCUCAAAUUGUGAACUCAUGUGUGUUCCAAGAGUAAAUACCACGUUGUGGAAUGAACUACCAAGAAAAGCACAUCAAAUUGACCUGGGACUCCAGGAAGCUCAAAAAGCUAUUGUUAAGACAGGCCAAAUAGUCGUGCAAAUAACCGACGAUAUGCUCAAGGCUAAGAAAAACAAAGAGCAUUUAAAGCCAUCAAAGUAUAUUGGCCUGCUCUCAGACGCUAUUAAUUUUCUCGGACACGCGGGUUUCCAGACGUCUUUAAAGCGAAGAGAGCUCCUGAAACCGGAACUAAGCAAGAAUUUUCAAUCUCUGUGCUCCGCGACAGUUCCCAUAACAAGUCUAUUGUUUGGAGACGACCUUUCUAAGUUUGUGGACGAUAUAACGAAGGCUAACAAAGUCGCUACAAAGAUUACACAGUCUACUGAGUCUCGCCGAGGCCGCAACCGUGGUUCUGGGCGCCGUUCUAAGUUCUCUGGUAGCUACAAUAAUAACUAUGGCUAUAAUUCAGGUUCUCGUUUUUUACGGCACAGAACCUCGUCAACUUGGACGAGGGGACAACAACGAGAGACACAACAAAGGUACAACCGAAGCAAGAACUCAUCAAAAUCGGAAAACACCCAAGACAAAUAAACAAUGUGAGUUUAAUUUGUAAUGUGGGUAAUCUAGCUACUAAAGUGAAUGAAUGGUCUAAAAUUACUUCGGAUCCUUGGAUUCUUGAAACUAUUCGGGGCUAUCGACUGGAAUUUGAUUCAUGCCCAUGGCAAGUGUUUGCACCUAUGACUCCAAAUCAUUCCGAGUCUAAUUAUCAACUAUUAAAUGCAGAAGUUGAUAAACUUCUUUCAAAAGGUGCGAUCGAGCAAGUGUCUCAUGUGCCAGGUGAAUUCAUUUCCUCAUUGUUUUUGGUUCCAAAGAAAUCCGGUGAUUUUAGACCAGUCAUUAACUUGAAACCUUUAAAUAAGUUUGUGCAACGUAUCCGUUUCAAAAUGGAGAGCAUUGAUCUCAUUAGUGGCUUGUUGCACCCAGGGGAUUAUUUAGCCUCUGUUGAUCUUAAAGAUGCGUAUUUUAGCGUAAAUAUUGAUCCUCGUGAUCGCAAAUAUUUAAGGUUUUGUUGGAAUUCUAUUGUUUAUCAGUUCACCUGUUUACCA